UCAAAUCCUGUACAUUGAACAUGUUCCAACCCCAAAAGCAGGGUACCGACCAAUGUCCUGUAGGCGACUGCUUCCUUCUCCGAAGAGAGUGAAGGAAGUGUGCACCAGGCGACGGUGAAGCUUCCACAGCGGUGUCGCCAUAGAAACGACAACACGCGCACACACACACUCGGUGGACGUAUGCGCAGCAGACGUCACACGCACUGCCGCAGUGAGGAAAGCCCGCCGCUCCUUUUAUGGCGCGGGGAUGCCCGCCGUCACGGCAGGAAGUCAGCCAUGUUUGGGCAUUCUCAAAGUGCAAGCGGGGGGAAUCCCUGGCGCCGCUCUCCGCCAAUCAGGUGGUGCCGGCGUUGCCACGGAGACGGAGGGUAUAAGAGGACUGGCGAGCGCAGGAGCUCGGCAUCCUCAGCGCCAAGCGAGUGCAGCCACACGAACCCCGGACGCACCGCACCGCCUGAAAACCGUUCGGAGGGAACUCCCGCCUCUCUCUUGACCGUCAUGCUUGCCGAGCGCCACUGCAGCUUCCUGUCCGACUUCGAGGACGCGUGCAGCGCCUGGGUGGACAGCGUGGAAUCCAACCGCUGCGACUUCAACGAGGCUGACCUGUCAGUUGUCUCACCGGGAACUGACGCUUCCGACUCCGAUUUCUUCUCUGACUUCAGCGACUCAGAUUCCCUCUCGCCUUCCCUCGACUUCAGCAGUGGCUUCCCCCCCGAAGCGACGACGGCGUCAGCGGUGGGCCUGAGCAGCACCGCGGACGCCAUCCUCAACAUGAUCACAGAGAUCGUCGGAAUCUGCGGCGAAAUGGAGCAGCGAGAGGACACCGUCCACCCUCCUGUGACCACGGUCAAGAGCGAGCCGGCCGGCUCCGGCUGCGGGGCCGACUACGUCGCAACGCCGGCCGCUCCAGAUUUCAUCGAGGCUCUUCUGAGCCAAGACAGCGGGCAGGGUGAGAUGAAGGCGUUGGAGGUCAAGCAGGAACCGGUGGAACCGGAGGACUGGAUGAAGAACUGGAGGGUUGCCACUGAGGGAGACCAGGUCAAAAUGGAGGUUGACCUCCAAUGUCCCGGCCGUUCCACCCUGGACCCCGACCUCCUGUCAUCCCUCCUGCAGGGCGCCUUCCCCACCGUGCACCUGGGCAGCGUGUCAACGGGCGCCAAGGCGUCCCGGAAGGGCCGCAGGGCCCUCGGCAAGAGCGACGGGAAGGCCAAGGCGUUCCCGUGCUUCGUGGAGGGCUGCGAGCGCCGCUUCUCGCGCUCCGACGAACUCAACAGGCACGUGCGCGUCCACACGGGACAGAAGCCCUUCCAGUGCGCCGUGUGCUCGCGGACCUUCAGCCGCAGCGACCACCUGACCACGCACAUGCGCACGCACACGGGCGAGAAGCCCUUCUCCUGCGACGUGUGCGGCAAGCGCUUUGCACGCAGCGACGAGAGGAAGCGGCACGGGCGCGUGCACGUCAAGCAGCAGCUCCGAGCGCAGAUGAUGGCCGCCUAUUCGCUGGCUGUGAGCGCCGUGUGAGGCGCGGGGGUCCGGCUGAGCGCGCCGCAGCGGUGGCGUUGUCGAAACGUUCGGCGCCUGAAGGUGGUCUGCUUUUGGCCUCCUGGCGAAACCCACGUGGGCCCAGCAGGUGCAUGCUGGGAGUCGGAAAAGGAUGUUCAUGCAUGAGGGUGAAACGUGACGUGAGCUCCAUGUUUGUACAAUAGCUCUCUAUUUUUUUAAAUGUUUCUAUACUUUGU